UAAAACGAGAUCGCGUUGCGCUCAGGAGCUCGGGCCACACUAGGAGCGGCAAGGGUUAAACGCGCGCCUGUGUCCAUAUCCAAGCACAAAGGUACUGGCGUGGCUACAAUAUAAGUGGGGCUUUUGUUUGACUGUAUACCAUGUCUGCGACCUGCAGCUCAAGGCAGAUGUAAUUGCGAUCGUUAUUUGCUUAUAUUUGCUGGUGGAGUACCUAAAUCUGCCAGCGAUUGCUGCAUCGAACCCUCCGUAUGCGCUCAGUUGAUUAGCCCCCAGUGGUACACGAAUGCUGCUUUAAAGCGUUGGCGCCUCGUGCCUUUCCUGUCUCUGACAACUCGUUCAGACCUCGAAAACCAAGCCCUCUACGCUUCCGCAAUGUCAUUCUCGCCUCAGACCCCGCCUUGUUACAACCUACAGGGCCCGUACAAUAACGGAAAACUAUUACCGGCAAUAUUCCGUUCCUAUCCCAACUAUGGAAUGAAAGGAUGGACGCAGGGUGGAGUUGUCCGCAGGGAAGUCAACCCCCAUUACCAUUUGGUCUGGCCCAAAGACAAAGACAGAGGCAAGCUUGGGCGCUUCAAGGACAUCUUACAGGGCAAAGGUCCUGACAUUCAUCUUUCCAUCAGCGCCCAGAAGAAUGACUACAUGUGGAAUCGCCCGGUAAAGGAGUGGUGGUCGGGCUGGCGUCUGAACAGGUCGGGAAGUCUUUACGGUUGGAAAGGUCAGAAAUACCUCAAGGGACCGCCCUGGGUGGGCAAACAGUCGAGAUUCUACGAUUUCUGCACGAGAAGGUACGAAGAUUGGCACCCCGACAUGUGGACGGACGCCAUUUGGCAAGGGCCACGCAAGAACUCAAACUGGCCGCAUCAAAUCCGAGAUGUGUACGGAGUGUGGCACGAGGACGAUAGUUGGGAUGCGGGUGCUCCAGGUCAAAAGAUGAAAAAUUGUUGAACGUGCUCAGCCUAGGAGGGCCGCAUGUACUGUUAUCACACUAGGCAUCCCUCGUGGAACGGCUCCCACACUGUCUCAGACGUUUCGCUUGCCCCUGUAGCCUGACGACACCUUCUAGCAAUCGGCUUUGUUGUGUCAUC